UGGCGGAAGUGUCGUAGGGGCAGGGAGGGGUUCUUUACCCGGUCUGGCAGCUGAAGCUCGGCUCUCGGGUUACCCCUGCAGCGACGCCCCCUGGUCCCACCGAUACCACUGCUGCUCCCGCCCCUUCGCUCCUCGGCCGCGCAAUGGGCACCCGCGACGACGAGUACGACUAUCUCUUCAAAGUUGUCCUUAUUGGAGAUUCUGGUGUUGGGAAGAGUAAUCUCUUAUCUCGAUUUACUCGAAAUGAAUUUAAUCUUGAAAGUAAGAGCACCAUUGGAGUAGAGUUUGCAACAAGAAGCAUCCAGGUUGAUGGGAAGACCAUAAAGGCACAGAUAUGGGACACGGCAGGGCAGGAGCGAUACCGAGCUAUAACAUCAGCAUACUAUCGUGGAGCUGUAGGUGCCUUAUUGGUGUAUGACAUUGCUAAACAUCUCACAUAUGAAAAUGUAGAACGAUGGCUGAAAGAACUGAGAGAUCACGCUGAUAGUAACAUUGUUAUCAUGCUUGUGGGCAAUAAGAGUGAUUUGCGUCAUCUCAGGGCAGUUCCUACAGAUGAAGCAAGAGCGUUUGCAGAAAAGAAUGGUUUGUCAUUCAUUGAGACUUCAGCCCUAGACUCUACAAAUGUAGAAGCUGCUUUUCAGACAAUUCUGACAGAGAUCUACCGCAUUGUUUCCCAGAAGCAAAUGUCAGACAGACGUGAAAAUGACAUGUCUCCAAGCAACAAUGUGGUUCCUAUUCAUGUUCCACCAACCACUGAAAACAAGCCAAAGGUGCAGUGCUGUCAGAACAUAUAAGGCGUUUCUCUUCUCCCCUAGAAGGCUGUGUAUAGUCCAUUUCCCAGGUCUGAGAUUUAAAUAUAUUUGUAAUUCUUGUGGUCACUUUGUGUUUUAUUACUUCCUCAUACUUAUGGAUUUUCUCAUGUCUUAAGUCUUUUGAUUUUAGCUUUAUAAAAUCAUCCACUUGUCCCGAACGACUGCAGCUUUUUUUCAUGCUAUGGCUUCACUAGCCUUAGUUUAAUAAACUGAAUGUUUGGAUUCCUCAGUUAUUGUUUACUUUUCAUCAUGGAAGCCUGUCACUCUAGGACAUAUUAGAACUUGAUCACUUGAAGCUCAGACCUAUUGGUCUUGAUCAAACUAAGAAGACUUUAGAAGAAAUAAGCUAUCAGUUUGCCACAGAGCAGCUUAUAAUGAGCAGCUUAUAAUUCAUACACUCUUCUCUCAAUGCAGUGUAUAUUUCCACAAAUCUAAGAAUUUCCCUAUAAACAGCAGGAUUUUGAGAGCUUGAAAAUUUUCCAUUAUUCUGGAAAUCAAUUUCUAAAAUGCCUUAAUAGGAUUAAGUAGUUUAGUAAAUUUUGUUUUUUAAUUUUUGUAAGCAUCAAAGUUGAUUAGAGAGGGGGACACUUUUUCUGGACAAGAAUUAUCUUAAUAAACAAAAGACUGUUUUAUGGUUUCAGUAGCAGUGUGGUUAUGGAGCCAUAUGUUAAACGAUGCUGCCUGGCAGGCUGGGAACUUGAGAGACUGGUGGAAUUCCAUCUGAGAUGCCUCUAUUGAAAUGAUCAGGCAGCCCGAAUCAUUGAACUCAUCUAAUUUCCUGGCAGUAGAUUAUGUGGCAUUUUAUUGCUCAGGCAAUAACUGAUUUAAUGCUGUUAGUAUCAAAUUGUGAAGUGUUAAUUUUGUCUUAAAACCUUCCAGUAAAUGAAAUGCAACCUAGUUUUAUCACCAUAUCUAUCAGCAGGCAUGGAUGAUUAUUUUAACAAUGCUAAUUUUUGAGUUUUGCAAUAUAUUAAGGAAUACAGUCCAGUUAAAUAUCUGGUUUCAGUAUGUCUGAAGAAUAUAGUGAGAGGUUACUUUCUGCUCAAGUGGUACCACUUAACGGCAUGUAUUCUUUUAGUAUGUUAGUACCUUGAGUUUAAAUAGAAUGCAUUUAGGCAUUAUACAAACCUGAACUACUUUUUCCCCAUUACAUUAUUAAAAUCGGUGGAGCAACUAGUUUCCCAUUUAGAAAUGUGCACUACUAAUACUGAAUUUUACUUUCUUGUGGAUAAUAUUAAGCACUUACUCUGCAGUGUUCUGAAAGUUGUGUCAACUGAAUUGAUACUAUUCAGGAUGGUGGCAUAUCCCCCAAGUACAAAAAUGUGUGUGUGUGGGCUUGCAUAGAUUACUAUGUUUCAUAGUUAAUCUAUCUUUUGCGGUGCUCAUGACGUGUGGGGCACACGGAAGGCAUUGCUGUGGUCAGUCUUUUUGGUUUUCUUCUGUAGCCACUUAUUAUUUUAGAGUAUUAGUUGGUUAUGAAGAUUCUAUUAUCUAUUUGUAAAUCGCUACUUUGUAUUUUAUGCAUGCUCUGUAACUUGAUUUAUUUUUGUUUUAAUUUUAUUUUUUAGUUAUUGAUUUGGAAUAUAUUCACAUUCUAAUAAACAGUUAUAGGGGGACUAUUCUUUAUGUUGUCAGAUUACAUUUUUCCUCUGAGUGCUUUGGAUGCAGCCAUGGAAUAUUUGAUUCUGAUGCAGAAGAGCAUAGGUCCUUGCAUUACAGAGUAAACACUAAAUUGGAGGCAUCAUUGUGUGAAUUUAGAGUUGAUUUUAGACAUAUGGUUCAAUUAUGCUUUUCUUGGAGAAAGUAUCACCAAAAACAUUAAGGAAGUAAUCGUUGUACCUUCAUAUAUAACAGUGUCACCAGAAAGAGGGAUUUACUCGAAAUUGGUAGUAAAUCUUUCACAAAAUUUAAGAUGAAGGAAACUCUAGGUUGUGAAUUAAAAAUCAGUAACUUUGAAUUUUCAUCAAGUAUAGACUUAAUGUUGCCGUGGGCAUGGUUGGAUUUUGGGAGAAUUCCAAGAACUGUUUAAAUAGUAGUAGAAAAUGUCUUUGAUUGCAUCUUAACCGUGUCUUCAUUCUGAAAAGGAUCUCAGGAGACCAACUGUCUCAAAUAAGAACCAUUAAGAUUUAAAAUAUUAUGACAGCUUAGGGCUCAAGGCAGUUCAGAAGUAUUUUGCUGCUUGACCCUGGUUUUCAGUUAUUUUAACUUUGAAACUUUUUUAACCUGUUCUGAAAAGCCAGUUAACCAUCUUGACUUCAUUUAACUUGUAUGUCAUGGUCUCAACUGCUAUCUAUGAUUUUUCUUUACUAGUAGUUACCACUCUGUAGGGGUAAGUUAUUGUUAGCCAUUGCAUUGUGAAUGCUAAAUUGUAAUUCUAAGAAGGGGU